CCAGGACUGGAAUGGGCUCACCACUGGAUCUCACUGCCCAUUUUUAUAGGAUACCUUGUGGCUCUCUUGGGUAACGCCACCAUCUUGCAUCUAGUACGAACUGACCCUUCUCUCCACCAGCCCAUGUACUACUUCCUAGCCAUCCUGGCUGUGACAGACUUUGGCCUGUGUAUGUCCACACUGCCUUCAGUGUUGGGUGUGCUGUGGUUUGAUGCCCGGAUGGUGGGCCUGGUACCCUGUGUUCUGCAGCAGCACUUCCUACACUCCUUCUCCUUCAUGGAGUCAGCUGUGCUCUUUGCCAUGGCUCUGGACCGCUUGGUAGCCAUCCGAUUCCCACUGCGCUAUGCAUCUGUUCUCACAGGACCUCGUGUGGCAUUGUCCGGGGUUUUGUUGGGCAUGCGGAGUGCCGCCAUCACUGCUGCACCCUCGUUGUACCUAUUGAAAUUUGACUACUGUCGCCCUGGGGCACUGUCCCAUGCUUAUUGCCUUCACCAGGACAUGAUCCGCCUGGCCUGCUCUGACACACAUUUCAACAGACUCUAUGGACUGUGCAUCAUCAUGCUAGCUAUGGGCUCUGAUGUCCUUUUCAUCUUGCUCUCCUACACUAUCAUCUUCCGCACCGUGCUGGCCAUUGCUUCUGCAGGAGAGAGACUCAAAGCUCUCAACACUUGUGUCUCCCACAUCCUGGCUGUGCUCUGCUUCUAUGUGCCUGUGCUAGGCUUGUCUAUUGUGCACAGAUUUGGGCACCACACCUCACCCCUGGUGCACAUCCUCAUGGGCACUGUCUCUGUGCUCUUCCCACCCCUGAUGAACCCUGUUAUCUAUAGCAUCAAGACCCAGCAAAUCCGCAGGGCCAUCCUCAAAGUAGUUUCAUUGGGGAAGAUACAAUGA